CGAACCGGUAAAAUGCGAACUUUUUUGCGAACCAAAACAUUACAUUUUAAUGACCGCAAUAUAAUAUAUUAAAGUUAUAUAAAACGUUUGCUAUUCAAUUCUUUCUUUUAUUAAAUAAUAUAAUGGAAUUAGAUUUAUUUAAAUCUUUACCCGCUGAAUUCGCUGUUCGGUACAAACCAAAAGCUGGUACUAAUUACAUUUUCUCGUGGACUAAUGACAAGGAUAAAGAAAAUUGGCGUGCAGAUGGUUACAGGUGGAGGCAAGGGGGUUCAAAGACAAUUAAUGGAAUUAAAAGGAAGUAUUUUAGAAUUCUUGUUGCACAAGACACAGUAAGUGAUGUGUUUGUACGUAGAGCACACUAUCAUGCUGAUUAUGCUAAUUCAGUUCUGAUAUCAUACAUAGGUGAUGAAGCUAAGGCUGUGCAGUUUCCUCAUGGAAAUGCUACUAGAUGUAAUAGAGAUUUUAUCAGGACAUAGCCAGGUGUUAUAAACCAAAUUAAG